ACGGAGUCCCCGUGAGGAAGAACGGUGACCACGCCUCCAGAGCGGAGAGCCCCGGACAGAGUGGGCGGGGAGAGCCGGGCAUGGCGGAGAAAGCCGACAAUGAGGUGGAAGAAGCCGGGCAGGUGUUCCUGCUCAUGAAGAAGGAUUAUCGGAUCUCCCGCAACGUUCGCCUGGCUUGGUUCCUGUCAAACCUCUAUCAAUCCAUCUCAUCCGUUCCCGAAUCAGAGCUGGGCUUACACGACGAUGAACUAGAAGUGGUCAGCGUUAUACCUCAUGGAUGGCAACCCGAUGAGCCUGUCCGACCUGGUCCUUUCCUUCUUGUGCCAUCAACAUGGGUGACUUUUCUGGCACGUCAGUACCGAUUUGUCAUCGAGUUGGAUCUCAGUCCUUCUACUGGAAUUGUGGAUGACUCCACAGAAGAAAUCAUCUUUGAUGAGAUAUUCCAUUCCCUGUCACGCUGUCUGCUCGGCCUUCUUAGGCCAUUCCUCAUCCCCGGGUCCAAUGUGGUUUUCAAGCCAGAAAUCUAUGUUACAAUUCAGGCCUAUUCUUCUAUCAUCGGUCUGCAGAGUCAUCAGGUCCUGGUCCAGGGUUGUCGCCUGGAGGAGCAGAAGCUGCCGGGCUUUCUCCAGCACGUCCACCAGCAGCUGGGCGCCUUUGAGAACAAGAUUGCGGAGAUGCUCCAGCAGCAGUAUCGACCUCAUACUCAGGACUGCCUACCUCAAUAUGCAAACCAACAGCCAGGCAAAAAGAUGGGUGUUUCCAUGGUGACGGCUGAUAUCGGGCUGGUUAGUAUGAUCCGGCAGGGUAUCCUGGCUUUACAGCUGCUGCCGGCCAACUCCAACGCGGGCAUCAUUGUAAUCACAGACGGCGUCACCAGCGUCCCAGAUAUCGCAGUGUGCGAAACGUUGCUGAACCAGCUGCGCAGUGGCACCAUCGCUUGCUCCUUUGUUCAGGUUGGCGGGGUAUAUUCCUAUGACUGCAGCUUUGGCUAUGUCCCGAACGUAGAGCUGAUGAAGUUCAUCGGCAUGGCGACCUUAGGAUCCUACCUCUCCUCUUGUCCCGAACUGGAGAGCGGACAGACGGACAUGAACGUCUAUCACAAGGCGUUCUUACCGUAUUCUUUCAUGCGCACAGGCGAGGCGCUGAAUCCAGAGUACUACUGUGGAUCACAGCACAAGUUAUUCAAUGAACACCUGGUAUCAGCCAGCAGUAACCCAGCACUCGCCACGCGUCGGAGAAAGCACGCAGAGAAGGAAGUGCAUGCGGACAUUAUCAGCGUGGUCUCUGUGCGGCUCAGGGAAGGAUACAGCAUUCGGGAGAUUCGCAUUACUAAAGCUAUGCUGGAGGUAAAACUAGUGCUACUCUGGAAGCACAACAUGCGUGUUGAGUACCUGGCAAUGGCCCCAUGGCCCCUGGACCCCUCCAAGCGCAGCACCAGGGUAGAGGUAGUCAUGGAAGGGAGUUAUGACAUACUACAUGAUAUCAGCUGCACACUGAAGAAGCCCAUCACCAGCAUGUACAGAACCAGCGUGAUCCGGAGAUUCUGGAACACCUUACAGAGCAUCAGCCAGACAGAUCAGAUGUUGGUGCACUUGAAAUCAUUUGAUAGUGUUCCGGAACAUUUUAAAAUCCCUGAAAGCACCAAGAAUGGAGUCCCUCUGUUCUAUAUCCCUCCUGGAUCCACCACUCCAGUAUUGUCGCUGCAACACAGUGACUCGGACUCCAGCCAUUCUCAGUUUGCCUCCUACUGGAAACCGAUCCUGUCAAUGGACGCCAAUGUGUGGCAACGGUGGCUUCAUGUGCACCGCAUCGUGCUACUUUUGGAACAUGACAUGCCUCUCCCGAAGCACCUCCAUACCCCAGGGAACAACGGGCGGUACAGCACAGUUCAGUGUCGCAUCUCUCACACGGCCCUCACGUCUCUCCUGCGGGACUGGAGCAGCUUUGUGCUAGUGGAGAGUUACUCCUAUGUCAAGUUAAUGUUGAGUGAUGCUAGUCAGACGCCCUCAUCCUUCUGUGUGGUGCGAAUAAUCUGGAAAGCCCCGUGCAUGGUCCUCCGGCUGGGAUUUCCUCUGGGGACUCCGGCAAAUUGCAGAAAUAAGAUGGUGGAAGAGCUAAGGGACCGCAUCCUCCAACUGCGAUUCCCUUACAGAGUGCAGAGUAAAGACAGCACCCCACGGGUGAAAAGGAAGAUAUUUGGAAUCAGCUCGCCCUCCAAGUCGCCUCCUCCACAGGUGCCACCUCCGGCCUUCUCAGACCGCUGCUGCCUCGUUCUGCUGCACAAGCCUCUGGAGAAGCUUCUCAUUAAGUAUGACAAGAUGCCUCUGGAUUACAGAACACCAUUCAUCCUGAACCUGGAGAGUCCUACCCAGCACACUUCAGUAUCAGGACCCCUCAUUACCAAUCGCUCAGCCUCUUCCACCCUGGCAUCCCUCUCCCGCUACUUCUACCAUCAGAGGUGGAUCUGGUCUGUGCAGUCUGGUCUGGCUACCACAGUGCCUAUCACUGCUAUGGCACAGAUCCUCUCCACUCUUACAGAGAUAAGACUAUCAGAAGGGUUCCAUUUUGCCUCCAGCGGAGAAGGAAUUAUUAACAUGGUCUUAGAGGUUCCCAUUCAGAGCGAUUGUAUAGGAGAGGGCAGUAUAGAGAAGCACAGCUGUAUUAUUCAGUACAUUCUCUUUCCUCCGCAUGUCACCUCCACCAAGGACAGCUUCUCUACAGACGAGGACAACGACACCGAGGUGGAAGCCAUAGAACAGGACACGGAGCUGCAUCUAGUCUCCGAGUGCUGGGUGGAGCCACAGAGCGGAGUCGUGAUGGGCACAUCCGAGAGCUGGAAGCACCUGCAUGGCCUUAUGUACUCUGAGAUUCCACAAGCACUGUUUCCCAGGGAUCAGAGCUGCAUCAAUAUCAUGCUAACAUUUGAGUACAUUGUACAGCUUUGCCAGAACAAAGAUGGCGGCUCACCAAUCCUGACUAAAGCAGAGCGUACAGAACCCGGGGAGAGUGCGGGCCUGUGCAUCCGGGAGGUGCCAUUCCACUUCGAUCUAAUGAAGAUGCUGCCCAAAUGCCAACAGAUUGAGCUGUUCUUCCUGACGCUGAGCGGGGCUGAAAGUGAGAAUGCAGCACAGGACUCCUCUCUGCCCAAUGAUAUGCUGCUUAGCUUGUUUCAUGGGUGUCUGCAAAGUGAGGUCAAUGAUCAGGAGAUCCCUCUAUAUGAGCAAGACCACCAAACAUUCAUGGAGCAGGUUCUCCAACGUGACCGUGAAGGGCACUCCACUCCUUUCUCAUGUACCCGAGAGGAGCCAAUGAGACAGCCAUACACUUCAGAGACUGUGGACUCCACCCCCUUACAUCAAAAUAGUCAGCGAGAGGCUACCAACUCUGCCAGCACGCUACAGAGUCCCUGUCCGACAGAGGAGACAGAUGAUGGCAGAGCCUUAACCAAUGGAGCGGGACCUCCUCAGUGGCGAUGCUAUGCCCGAUUAGUGAACCCACAACACUUUCUGCUAACUUUCCUUCCUGCCACUUUUUCUGAUGUCCAGAAGUUGAUGACCCUUUCAGACCUCUCCCUGUCCACAGAGGGAAGCUCAUUGUGUAACUCUUCUCAUUCAGAGACUAUUCCUUUAGGGGCUGUGAUCCCCACUCUGAGCAUCACCCCUGCAGUGGGCAAUGGGCAGGAAGCUGAGCACAAGAGAGAGAUGCACAUUUCCUUCAGCCGUCAGUCAUCCAUGCAGGACGUGACCUCGAGCCGCCGACUGCGCUGUCCAGUUUACGUGUAUAACUGUUCGCUGGAGGCAUUGCGGGAGCAGCUGGUCAGCCCCAGGCAACAGAGACUCGGCUGUGACAUCUUCUUCAGUGAGUUUAGACAAGAGUCAGUGUCGUGGGAAAUCUUCCAGGAGGUGCAGUCCAGGUCUCUGUCGCAAGAACGUCCGACAGCCAUUCCAUUCAUACACCACCGACAAAAGGAACUCGUCAACCACUGCAAUCUACUGCAGGAGCACUAUCACCAGUGUUAUGUGAAAGGCCUGUUCAAAGCUCUUCAGCAGUCUCUCUGGGUGUCACACCAGGACCUCCUGACGGCAGUGGAUUAUUGUGAAGAGCAACUACAGGAGGUCGAUAUCACCAACUUCCUGAUGACGCUGUGUGGCCAUCUCCGAGGCUUUCGGGACACGCAGGUGUCUCCCAGGCUCUCUCUGAAAGGACGGGUGCAUAAGGCCAGCUUCCGCAUCGGCAGCCUAGAACAGGAAGAUGAGGUGGCGGCUAGGGAUGGGUCCGUUCUCCAAUCAGAGUCCAGUGUGGAUACAGAGGAGUGUGUUGAGCAGGACCUCCAUGUGAUCUCCACCCCAGAACCCAGUGUCCAUCCGUAUUCGGAGUUCCAGCUGUCUGUCCUGGAUUCUGGACAUCCCUGCGAGGUGUCUCUGGACCUUCAUCGAGUCAUUCAGGAUAAAUUUCUGGCCAUCGGGAGUCUCCACUUUAAGACAGUGCCUUCAAACCCUCACUAUUUCUUCUACUGUCCAUCUUCCCAGAGGAGAGAGGUGAGUGAAAAUGCUGCUCAAGACGCAGGUGAUAGGAAGCCAAGUGAAGAAAUGGAUGUCUCUGAAGCAGAGCAGGCCACAGAGGAAGGUAACACAUCAGCCGGUGGCAUUGUUACAGAGAGCGACCCAGACCUGGAGGUGGAGUAUCGGGAGCACUCGGAUAAUGCCGAAUCGCCGUCUGAAUCGGAGACGGUGAACCAGGACGAUGACUCUUUCAGCGUGUUAGGAGACUCUCUGAAUGGGCAUGACUUGCCGGAGCACGAAAUGCCGCCUCUGUUUGUGCAUCUCAUCUGCUCAGUAACACACAAGCAUCAGCACGGCUCCAUGCCGGUAUUGACACUGCCCACCUGCCUAGGUGAAGUUAUCCGAUGUCUUGAGAACAGUGAGACACUGCAAAGCAUCUCGCUGGCGGAUCUGAGCGUAAUGCUGGACAUUUAUGUGCUGACGUUACCACUGGAGAUCGAGGGGGUGAAUGAGGACUCUCAGCACACUCGGUAUACCUCUGAGAGCAGCGUUUCCUUCCCCCGCUCCCCCGCCCCGCCAUCCUCAUAUCGCUCUGAUGAAGAGAUCCCACCUACCUUAGAAAGAUUCCCAUCCAAUGUGGAGCAGAGAUAUUCGGCGCUCUCUCGGCUCCCCGCAGAGCACAGGCAAGCUAUAGAGGUCACAAUGAGUGAGAUCCGCUGGCUGCUCGAGGACGAGUUAGUAUCGGCCCUGCGUCACUCCCGGGUGAUCAGCCGUUCCAUCUUACGGAAAGUUCUGUCCCAUGUGUGUGAGUCUGAAGGUCGGCCGCAUUGUAACCGGGAAUUGGUUCAGCUCCAGUUUGUUUUCGGACCUGAAAAUUCUCUGCAGAAGUUUAAAGAGGAAUUCCGCAGACUGUCCCUGCUGGGCUACCAACUGAACGAGGAAGAAGACGACUAUUAUUAUGUGUCUUUAAGCCGUCAUCACGCUCAGCGGGCAGACCACACAAGCGCACAACACCUGGAUGUACAAGGACAUGCAGCGUGGCAUGAACCUGAUGUCAACACAGCCACAGGGAGCGUGGAUGAAGAGCUGCUGGGCAAUGGACGCCCUGAAGACAAGCCGGGUGCAGAGGAUCCUGGGGGAUGGGCGCAGGCUGCCCUGGAGGUAUCCGAUAGUGAAGUCUCCUCAAUCAUGUCGGGGAUGUCUGCUCUGGAGCAAGGAGGAAUAUCUGCCACUGAAGCGUCCUUGAGUGACAGAGGCCACACGCCACCUAAAACAUCAUCAGAAGUCAGUCUGCCAGAGUCUGUACUGUCCGGGAAUAUGAACAGUGCAGGAUUGCGGCAGCGUCCCAGUCGUGUGCAGAGCCUGGUGUCAAGUCAUGGCAGCAUGGACUCUGACCACUUAGGGUAUGAUGCAGGCAGCAGCGACUCGGAGUGCGAGGACGCCCUGAUUAGUGAGCAGGAUUCCCGCUGCCCAGUGAUGCCUAGAUUUUGGCUCAUUGUAAAGAUUCACCAGGACCGGGUGGAAGUGUGCACCCAUGCCAGUGUUGGGGUGGCCCAGGAGGUGGAGGAGCUUGGAGAGAGCCAGAGACUGCACCAACUGGUGGUCAGGAAAGUGAGCGAGAUCUGCCGUGUGGUGAACCAGCGUCUGCUGCUGCAGGAUCUUCACGACACGCACUUGUGUAACACGCUGCUGGUGGCCGAGAGCGAGGAGGAUAUCUGGAAGAGCGAAAGUCCUUAUGCAACGUACCGACAGAGAAUGCUUGUGGGCGAAGAUUUCCCUGGAGAAGAGAGUUACCAGCCGCGAGAUUACCUGGCAGCCACCAUGCAGUUCAUUCCGGGACACUUUGCCUGCGAUACAGUAUGGAGCACCGUUAUACACAUCCACCCGCGCCUUAAAAUGGGGCCCAAUAUGGGGGUUUCCAGAGCUAUCCAAUCCUUGCGCUCCGUGCUCAAUGCUUUCUCCGUAGUCAACAGAAAGAACAUGUUCGUCUAUCAGGAGCGUGCCACCAAAUCCGUUUUCUACCUCCGGCUGUCUGAGACCUCUGGAAACGGCCGGCUGUGGGACAUGGAUUUGUCUCAGUCGUUGUCUCGGUCCUUGGCUCUGUCUCGUAGUCAGGAGCCAAUUUUCUCAGAAGAUCUGAUGGGAAGCCGGCUGUCUUUGGACCUGUCCUCUCGAAAUUCUGACUCCUCCAGGCCAGUGGGGCAGAUGGACAAACAUAUCUUACUGCAGGUGCAUGGAGUGGGAGAAGCAGGCUCUGAGAUCACGGAUGAUUUGGUGAAGGUCCUCAGGAAGCGUCUGGAUGAGGCCACGCUGGACAUCAUCACCGUUAUGCUGCAGAGGAAUUGUAAACUGACCCCAGCAGAUGUGGAGUUCAUCCAGCCCCGGGGAACUCCACCGACAGAAGUGCUGCUGUUCACCAUCCCUCAGACUUCUCUACCGUGUCUCCAGGCUAUGGCCUACUACUUACGCCAGAACCUGCUCAUCUUCCUCCAUACGCCAAAAUAUACAGACAGCAAUGGAGAACACCACUUCCAGCAUUAUUACCACAGCACCCUGCCCGAGCUGGACCUGUUCCUGUACAACAAGCCAGGGGGACAAGGUACAGGAGGGAAAGGUAUCGCCUGCAUAGCUCUCUCCUUUGUGGAUCAGCAUGGCGCCCUGGUGACACAGGCUUAUGGCGAGAGGACCGGUCCACCUCUUGUGUGUCCCUCUACGACUUCCCACCUACUAAGCGUCAGCACAUUCGAGUCUCUAACUAAAGUCAGCAAGUUUACACCGGGCCCCGCCACCGACACCUCAGCGCCUCUGACCUUGGUGCGCUUCGAUGUUUGGGAGAAAGGGAACAUUAGCUCCUCACAGUUAUCCGAGCGGCUCGCCAACUCAUUGCGUCAUGCACUCUGUGAUGUCAUCAUUGAAUUCCACAUCUUGCAGAUGCCCCUGUGUGUGGACCUGGUCAGCGCAGCAGAACAGGAAGUGUCCAUGAAUGGAAAGGCACCCUCCCAAUCGCUACCUGAUAUAAAGGGCUUGGCACAGUCAUCGAACAGGUCUCGCCCAUCUCCAGUGCAGCUUCCGCCGUCAACCUCCCCAUCCAGCACAGAUCCAAGUACUCCGCCCAGCAAGUCCGGGCGCAGAAGUUUUUGGGAUAUGCUGAGCAAACCAGACAAUGCAGAGUUGGGCCCCCCGAAAACCACAGACGACAUUGUCAGCGAACGCACAGAGGAGCCGAGGACGAGGCGGAGACAUAAGACGGAGAGCCUUAAAGCGCCCUGUUAUUCAGACCGGCCUGGGAUCAGCUUGGAGCAUGCGCAGAGGAAACGCCAGGCUCAGCUAGAGGAGGGCGACGUGGGUACCCUGCACCCUUUAUAUAGUCACACCUGCCUGCAGUGGAUGAACUUUAUGAAUCAGCUCGGUUGCCCGUCUGUCCAGCUGUGUUCGGUGCACACCAUUUCCCGAUUCCUGCUUCCCUCCAUUCUGACCGAACUCUUCGGUAUCAUCACUUCCCUGGCCAGCGACACCAGUGUCCGGGUGUUUGAAAAAAUCACGGGCCCUGAAGGUCCGGCCUUUGUGCCAUACUCCACCAGCCAGCACAGCCCAACUCGGCCUGCUGCAGCCGGCGAGAUGACCCUGCUAGGACGUAAUUUCCGCCAGUGGAGAUACAACACAGAACAGGUAAAAACGGAGGAGGAGGAUGGUGAAGAUAAAAUUGAUGAUCAGGGCUGCCAGGUGACGAAGUCUCAAAAAGGUUCCCAGCGGUUUGAAGCCAUGGAGCUCGGUUCAGCAGAGAGACCUCUGGAUCUGUCCACAUCAGUCCGUGGUUUGGUCCCCCGACAAAGAUUUCUGUUAAUCGAAAUACAAGACAAGAAGCUCACCCUGUACACGUACAAUUGGUCGCCAGAUUUGGGGGCAUCUCUCAGCCGCUCUCUGGUGCGUUUGAUCCAGUGGCAGAAUGCGCGGGCACACGUUGUGCACUGUCUCCUGAAUCAGAAGAUGGGACUGUUCCAUCACUACUGCUUCACAGACACUCCGUGGCACGAGGACAACAAACAGGAUCCCAACCCCUUCCUCAAUUCCACCUUGGAGGUAGAUGUCCUUAUCCGAAGCCCCACUCCUCCACCAUACAAGGAACAGACUCGUCUGGGAACCUCAGGCCGCGGCCUCCCGUCCUUACACUACCCUCCGGACAUUGUGCCAUUCGACGAGGUUCUCCGGGACGUCAUGCCUGUGAAGCCCAUGCAUCUUUCCUCUGAGCUGGACACUGUAUCCCGCCAUGGAGCCCAGUUCCUGGAGAUUAAGAGCACAGAGAGAAGAGAAGUGGAGAAACAGCUGAAGAUUGAGAACCUCUUUGUGACGUGGCAGCAGAGGUCAGCGCAGUCGAAUAUGCCAAUCAGUGCGGCAGAUUUAGACACACUGAAGCAGUCUGCCCGGAUGGUUCAUUAUUGCGCCACCCCGCUGUUGUUCGACCCGUCUUUCCAGGUGCAGGUUCAGAACGACCAGGGCAGGAGCGAAGGGAAGAAACGGCACCGGUCCAAUGACUCGGGGACGUCAGGCAGAGACCGCAGUCACAGUUGCGAUUCCGCAGACAUGCCGCCCAGCAAAGCGAAGGAUGAGCCCUGGCUCCAGGAACUGUGCACAGCGUUCAUGCAGCAAUACAUCCAGUACCUGCAGAGUACGGGGUUCAUCCUAGUACAGCUACGGCCCGCUUCUCCGGCCCGCAGCAUAGCGCGGAUCAGAGCGGUGGCCUCACUGGCUCCAGAGAACAGAACGUCCAAACCAAAAAGCGAGGGCAGUCCUAAGAGUACAGCUCCUACAGUGACCAUUUACCACCUGCAGAGGGCGCUGCCGGGAGGCAUUGUACUGAUGGAACUCUCCUUCCAGGGAUGCUAUUUCUGUGUGAAGCAGUAUGCUCUUGAAUGUUCACGCAUACCGAUGGGCCAGUCUGUUAACUCACAGGGUGUCCUCUCCAUGCGAACCCAUUGCAGGAAUACCCCAGAAAGUGCCUCCGAGUCUGCGCUGUCCAUGCUCUUCACUGAGGAGUGUGACAAGGUGCGGGACCUAAUGCACGUCCAUUCCUUCAGCUACGAUUUCCACCUGCGGGUGGUGCACCAGUAUCUGCUGGGCUCCAGCAUGUCUUUGCGCCAGGGCUACGAUCUCGCCAGUUUCCUGCAGCUCUUCAUUUCCCAGCACCCUGACAUCCCCAAGUAUGGACGCAACCACGUGUACCAGGGCAUACUGUCCGUCCCUACAGAGAUUAUUGCCGGCCAUCAGCUGUAUAACUACAUCGCCGAUCACGCCAGCACCUAUCACAUGAAGCCGCUGAGAAUGGUUCGCCCCUCGGUGCUUGGGAGUAAUGGCAAGAGGAGCGCCAGCGGGGAGCAGAAUGAGUACGGCCUGGUGUCCAUCUGGAACAGUUCUGGCUCGUACAAAGACACAGAAGGUGCCCGACAUCAUGAUGACUUUGAUGUAUCAUUAUUGGUGUGCCACAGCGCCGUGCCAUUCGAGGAACAGACCGAGCAGGAGAGACACGUCCUGAGGCUCCGGUUUUACGUCAUCAUGACAAGCCAGCGUGAAUUGUUCCCGCGCCUAACCGCUGACAUGCGCCGGUUCAAAAAACCGCCGAGGCUUCAACGGGAUGCCCAGGACUUGGAUGGCGCCUCGGAGCUCGGGAUGCGCCAGAGAAUGGAGGUGGAGAACCAGGAGGACUCCCGGGAGGGGGAGGUGGGCAGGAUGGGUGACGCGAACCUCUAUAACCCGCAUCUCUUCCCGCUGCUGGGGACGGAGGUCAGCACCGCCCAGAGGCAGCUGGUGGAGAUGGUUCAGCUCGCCAAGUGCCACUGCCGCAGGGAUAAUCUAUGGAAACGCCUCUAUCUCCUGGAACCGCUCUCCUCUGACAAGCUGCGCCUGGGGAAACUCAACUCCAGUGAACUGAAGGAACUGUUGGAUGCCGUGCAUGGGAGGAGCGUGGCUGAGGUUGACCCACAGCUGGAUUUUCUCCUUUCCAUGAGCGUUCCGUGGUAUCAGAGUCUUAUUAAGGUUCUGCUGAACCGAUUUCCCCAGAGCUGCCGGCACUUCCACAACCCGGAGAACGGGACGCAGUAUCUGGUGGUCCUCAAUCAGAAAUUCACAGACUGCUUUGUCCUGGUCUUCCUCGAUUCCCAUUCUGGGAAAACAAGCCUGAAGGUCGUGUUCCGGGAGCCGUUUCCAGAGCAGCCGCAGAACAGCGACAGCCCGUUACCUCAGCUGGUCUCCACCUACCACCAUCUGGAGUCCGUCAUCAAUACCGCCUGCUUCAACCUCUGGAGCGGUCUGCUCUGACAUCACCUCCCAUCGCCUGCCAAUACUGUACCGCCAAUCACCAGG